CUGUUGUUGUUUGCCAUUAGUUAAAUUUUACCUUCAGACCGAAUCGGACAUCAGUCGCUUUGCAGUGCGCUCACCAUGCACACACACAUACAUGUAUACACACAAUUUUAAUUUAAAAAAAUCAUAUUUAUCUAAUUAUCAAAAGGUGGCCGCGACGUCUGGUGCGAAUUAAAAAGAGAAAAAAAAACUGAAAAAUCUGAGUGACUAAGGACGAUAAUAAGUAUAAUAAUAAUAAAAAGCGGGCCCCCGUGGGCGUCAAUUUCCUAAUUUAACGAGAAUUCCACAGUGUCUAAACUGGCCUAACUAGUGUGUUCUUGAAGUGAGUGUGAAAAACGGUAGUAAUACAGUGGUUUUGAAAUUAAAAUAUUAAAAGAUCAGAGAUACAGGAACGGUUCGCGAAUGUCGUUAUUAAUAAUAACGUUAUUGCUGCUCGUGAAUCAAGGUUCUCUUGUUGUAGACAUGUAGUCUACGGUGAAUUUUUUGAGAGUAGAAGUUCGAGAACGCGGUCACCACUUCUUACACAAGCGUGUGGUGGCUUUCAAGUUUUCUGGCUAGUUGCUGGCUUCAUUUUUAUUAAACAAGGAUUUACAUACUGAUUGUCCUAUAAUGAAUCUGAGCAAUAGCUGUUGGCCAGUGUUUCUGGCCAUCCUAGAGUGUUGCUGUAUAGCGUCCGGUGCUGACACUUAUCCCAAGGAGCACAUUAAAGAAAUCGAAACGAAUUUGUUGUCUUUGUUUGGAUUUAAGGGACGACCAGAAAAGAUUGAUAGAAGUAAGAUAGUAAUUCCAGAAGAGAUGAUAAGACUGUACGAGAGGCAGAGUGGCAUGAAAUUCGCUACAUCGAGCAUACCGAAACGAGGGGCGUUUUUGACAAGUGCGAACACCGUGAGGACUUUUGUGCAUGUCGAUAGUCCAGUGGACCACAGAUUUCCCACACACCAAAAGUUCCGCCUUAAAUUCAAACCCGACAUCCCUCAAGAAGAAACUCUUCAUCACGCAGAACUCUCAUUGAGUCGCAACUCUAUUACAGAGGAUCCCAAUCAAGCACCAUACGUAAGAAUAAUCGUGGAAGACAUUAUUAAGCCGGGCCGCAAGGGAUCGCACGGUGCCUUAAAACGCAUCAUCGACAGCAAACAGAUUAACGUUGGCAAGAAUUUCACCAUCAAAAUGGAUCUGACAGAAGCGGUUCAACGAUGGUUACAGGAACCGAAAAGGAACCACGGCGUCCUCGUCACCGUUUUAGAUAAACACAAGAGGAACCACGUGAGGUUAAAGAGGGACCUAAACCAUGACGAGUAUGCGUGGAAAAAUAUGCAGCCGGUUCUGUUUACUUAUACCGAUGAUAAGAAGAACACUGAAAGUGAUAUUAAAGAGGUAGCAAAACGAAUCAGACGAAGUAACAGAAAUGCGCGACGCACAAAUCGGCGCAAAGACGAACAUACCGACUGUAUGCGCCAUAAGAUGUACGUCGAUUUCCGCGACGUAGGCUGGAGCGAUUGGAUAGUGGCGCCACCUGGUUACGAGGCGUUUUACUGUCACGGCGAGUGUCGAUUUCCGUUGGCCGACCAUUUAAAUACGACCAAUCACGCAAUAGUGCAAACAUUAAUGAACUCGAUGUCACCGAUCACGGUGCCAAAAGCGUGUUGCGUCCCUACGGAAUUGAAUGCGAUAUCCAUGUUGUAUUUGGACGUGGAUAAUAAGGUGGUUUUGAAGAACUAUAAGGAAAUGGUGGUGAUUGGGUGCGGCUGUCGGUAGUUUGGUUGAGGUCGGAGGGGUUGCCUCGGUUAGGGAUUUCAAUGGUGAUUAUGAGGAUCUACCUAGAAAGAUACCAGUUACUUACAUUGAGGUACUUACGCACAGGAUAGUUUCUCAAAUAUUCUAAAAACCUUCUUGGUUGUUUCUCAGACUCACUCACUUAGACUCAUUCAAAAAACAUUUGUAGUCGAUUAGUAAGGAUUAGAGCUCAAUUUAAACCUAACUUAUGAACGUAACGUUGGAAAAUUCGAUAAACUAAAUUCUCAUAAUCAGCCUUUGUAGAUCCCAAAAAAGUCGUUUUUCUUCAUGUAAAAUGAACAAAAAUGUUGCGUAAGCUGUCUAUUAAAUAGGCAGGCUAUGCCAACGUUAAAAUUAACUUAAAAUGGCUCCCGCGGUAAAAACUCCACCUCGUAAACAUAAAAUAAGCGUCUGUGAUCAAAUUUUUUUUGUUUGUGUAAUUAUAUGAACUCGAUUAUAAUUGCAAGACUCGCCCUUUAACUCCCAGUGAUUCGCGUACACGUUGUUUUAAUUUAUAUUAGAAAAAAAAUAUAAAUAUAACCAAAGUCUAAUUGUUAGACUUGGGCCGAGUUUAGACUUACGUUUAUAUUUUUCUUGUCUGUGAUUAUUAUUAUUAUUAAUAUUUUUAAUGUAAUUAUUAUUAUAUAUUAUUUUUGUUGUAUGUUUGUAUGUUAGACUUACAUAAGUUUUAACAUAUUCACCUUGUGGCAGGUUUUAUAGUAACUAGAGUUACCCCUACACCCCAGAUGCAAAAACUAUUGUUAAAAAAGCGCGAAAACUCUCCCCUUUCCUCCCCCCCUCUUAUAUUAAUAGAGACAUGUAAUGUAUAAAGUACCUGCAAGGAUAUAUUGGAAGUAUUUAUUUUAAAAUAGUGACUAUAUACAUAUAUAGAUAUUUUAUAAAACAAAAACGAGAUUGUGCAUAUUGUACAUAAUAUAUAAUGAUUUUAAAUGUAAAUUAUAUGAUUUUUAGCUUUUUUGUAAAAUGUGUAAGCUGUACAAAAUGUAUAUAAUAUUAAAAUAUUUUAUUCAUA